AUGUCAAUUCAACUUCAAUAAUAGAUAAAAAAUAAUGCAUUGGAAAUAAAAGAAUAUAUUCAUGAUCUGUAUGAUUGGGAAGAACAAGUGAACACAUAAUAAAAGCCAUAGAAGAAAUAAAAUAUAGAUUUAGAUUAAAAUUAAGUACCAAUUAGAGGAAAGGUUGAAUAAGAGAAAUAAUGUGAGAUAUUAAAGAAAUAAUUAAAAAGAGAUACAAAUUCAGUUUAAAACUAUUAUGAUGCAUGGAAUAAAGUGGAUGUAGAUAAAUUAUUAGAAGAGACAGAUGAUGCAAUAAUAAUGGAUGUUUAUAAGAAACCUUAAUAAAUAAAUACAAAUAGUAAGAUAGUAAUAAAGGGUGGUAGAAAUGUAAUUAAAUCCUAAGUGAUUUUGAAUAAAGAAUAAGCAAAUGAAUUAUUUAAGUAGUAAGAAUUUUAGAAGGCAAUCUAAAAAUAUACAGAAUGUAUAGAAGAAUUAAAUUAGAAAUAAUCAUUAAAUGAAGAAGAAUUGGAAUAAUUAGUAAUAAUAUAUUCAAAUAGAGCAUAAUGUUAAUUAAAACUAUUAGAUUAUAAUUAAGCUUUAUUUGAUUGUAAUAAAGCAUUAAGUUUAAAUAGUAAUCACUAGAAAUCUUUACUUAGAAGAUCAACAGUUCUUUAAGAGUUAGGAAAAUGGAAGGAAGCAUUAAAAGAUAGUGAGAAAUUAGUAUUAUUGGGAGAUUAAGAUGCUAAAUAAAUAGUAGCAAAACUAUAGAAGAAAAUUUAGUAGAAAAGAGAAAAUGCAAGAAACUAAUUAAAAUAAGUUAAAGUAAUUAUUAUAUGUAUAGAAUUAGCCAUUCAUGAAUGAUUCAGUGACAAUAUAAGUGAUUGAUUAAGAGAAAGAAGAUAUUAAAGUAGAAACUAGAUCUAAUUAUUUAAAUGAAAUAGAUGAUUGAAUUAAUUAUAAAAUAUA